AUGGAUGUGGACGGCGUCUGUCCGGGAUUGGUCAGCAGAAAUGUCAGCGGUGGAGUCGGGUUUGUGAGUGCGUCCUCUGCAUGCAACCAGAGUGCUCUGAAGCUGCCGCCCUACUCCCCCGAAGCCACCGCCGCCUUUGCCACUGUCAUCACUCUGAUGAUGCUCUUCACCAUCUUUGGCAACAUCCUGGUCAUCAUCGCCGUGCUGACCAGCCGUUCGCUCCGUGGCCCGCAGAACCUCUUCCUGGUCUCCCUGGCAGCGGCUGACAUCCUGGUGGCCACCCUCAUCAUCCCCUUCUCCCUGGCCAACGAGCUGAUGGGUUACUGGUACUUCCGCUCGGUGUGGUGCGAGAUCUACCUGGCGCUGGACGUGCUCUUCUGCACCUCCUCCAUCGUGCACCUGUGCGCCAUCAGCCUGGACCGCUACAUGUCCGUGUCCCGGCCAGUGAAGUACACUGCCCAGCGCACGCCCCGCCGGAUCAAGGCUGCCAUCCUGGUGGUGUGGCUGAUCUCAGCUGUUAUUUCUUUCCCGCCGCUGCUCUCCUUGAACAAGAACCCCGGCGGGGCUGGGGGCGGGGUCGGGGGCGGGGCUGGACCCAGGAUAGGGGACGAGCCGCAGUGCCAGCUCAACAACGAGAAAUGGUACAUCCUAUACUCCACCAUCGGCUCCUUCUUCGCCCCCUGCCUCAUUAUGAUCCUGGUGUACGUGCGCAUCUACCAGAUUGCCAAGCAGCACACCCGCUGCCCCCCAGGGGAGCCCAGGAAAGAGGGCAAAGUGCCCACUGCUGCCCCCCUGCCACAGGCCCAUGUCCAGGCUAAGCAAAAUGGAGAUGGAGAUGGCACAUCUGCUAAACUGCGCACCAAUCCCCACUCUCCUCUGCAGUCUCCUUCCCCUUUACCUACCCCCGAUCCUCCCCCGACCUCACAGUCACCCCCCCUCUCUCCUAGACAUCAGCCAGAGGUGCCACCCAAACCCAGAGAGGGCAGGAGGGUGAAGAGGCAGGGGAAGAGGGCAGGCAACAACAAUGGUGACAGCUCUAGCUCAGGGUCAGAGACAGAGAUGGCGGGCAAGGUGGGAGGCAAUGGGACGGCCAGCGUGACAGGAGCCCCGGUCAGCGCCCUCCGCCCGUCAGCCUCCGGGCAGAACUACAAGGACACAGUUGCCACGACGAAGGGGACGGUGCUGGUGACCCAGGGGGUCAAGCCGGAGGUCACGCCCAACACGGCACGGCGCAAGGCCAUGGUGAACCGGGAGAAGCGGUUCACCUUUGUGCUGGCGGUGGUGAUUGGGGUGUUUGUGAUCUGCUGGUUCCCCUUCUUCUUCUCCUACAGCCUGAAGGCAGUGUGCCCAGAGGCCUGCGCCCUCCCUGAACCGCUUUUCAAAUUCUUCUUCUGGAUUGGCUACUGCAACAGCUCCCUCAACCCCCUCAUCUACACCAUCUUCAACAAGGACUUCCGCAGGGCCUUCAAGAAGAUCCUUUGCAAGAACACCAAGGACACAGUUUUUUGA